AGGGAAUGGAACGCGAGGCAGCCGAGGCUGGGAGACGGCCGAGCAUCUGGCAGAGCAAGCGCCCCCCCCACACACACUCCCUGCCGCGUGCAUUUCCUUGAAGAGGAGCUGGAGUUGGUUCCCCAGGAGUAGGCAAAGCCCCCGAAGAAGCAGCGGACGUUUCCACGCCUCUUCUGUGGCGACAGCCGGGGGCUCUGUCUUCCCCCCUCUAGGAGAACUAGGUCUGGUGACUUUUGAGGCGAUUGUGAGGGGGAGCAGGUUCUGUAGGAACCAGACUAAAGGGCAUGCAUAGGGGAGCCAUGGAGGAGAAUUCUGGGAAUGUGAUCUUUCUGGGAGAUGAUGGGAGGGAGAAUGAAAGUCAGCCAUGCUGGAUGUUUUUCAAAACAGCCAAAUGCAAGGAGGAAGGAGAGCAGAAACUGGAAAUGAAAGCAAAAGAGAAGCAGGGAAGUGAAUCCUUUGCUUCAGAUGAUGGAGUCUCCUAUGACAUCCCAAAUCAAUUAGAAAUAGUGAAAGUAAAGAAAAGGUUUAAUUGCACUCUGUGUGAGGAAACUUUCACUUGCAAGUCCAGCCUGAAAGUUCAUUGGAAAAUCCACACAUGGGAGAAACCAUAUAAAUGCCUGAAGUGUGGAAAGAGCUUUAGGCAAUCUGGAGGCCUCACUUCACAUCAAAGAAUCCACACUGGAGAGAAACCCUACAAUUGCUUGGUGUGUGGGAAAAGCUUCAGUCAAGCAUCAGGCCUCAUUUCCCAUCAAAGAACCCACACAGGAGAGAAACCAUAUACAUGUGUGGAGUGUGGAAAGAGCUUCACUCAAAACUCAGGACUCACUCUACAUCAAAGAGUCCACACAGGGGAAAAACCAUUUAAAUGCUUGGAGUGUGGAAAGAGUUUCAGUGUGAGUACACAACUCACUUCACAUCAAAGUAUUCACACAGGAGAGAAACCACAUAAAUGCUUGGAGUGUGGAAAGAGUUUCAGGCGAGCGGACAUGCUCAGGUUGCAUCAAAGAAUUCACACUGGGGAGAAGCCCUAUCAAUGCUUGGAGUGUGGAAGGAGCUUCAGUAGCAGAACAGAAGUCAAUAAACAUCAGAGAACCCACACUGGGGAAAAACCAUAUCAAUGCUUGGAGUGUGGAAAAAGCUUUAUUCGGAGCACACAGCUAACAUUACAUCAAAGAACCCAUACUGGGGAAAAGCCAUAUCAGUGCUUGAAGUGUGGCAAAAGCUUUAGUCGUGGCUCAACCCUAAUAUCACAUGAAAGAAUCCAUACAGGGGAGAAACCCUAUGAGUGCUUGGAGUGUGGAAUUAGUUUCACUCAUUUCUCAGGCCUCACUUCACAUCAAAGAAUCCACACAGUGGAGAAACCAUAUCAAUGCUUGGAGUGUGGAAAAAGCUUUCGUUGGCGUCCAAACCUUACUUUGCAUCAAAGAACUCACACAGGGGAGAAACCAUAUAAAUGCUUGGAAUGCGGAAAGUACUUCAGUCAAGGCACUGGCCUCACAUUACAUCAAAGAAUCCACACUGGGGAAAAACCAUACAAAUGCCUGGAGUGUGGAAAGAGCUUCCGCCAAGCCUCGUCCCUCACUUCCCAUCAAAGAAUGCACACAGGGGAGAAACCGUAUAAAUGCUUGGAGUGUGGAAAGCAUUUCGGUCACAGCACAAGCCUCACUUCCCAUCAAAGAAUACACACAGGGGAGAAACCAUAUAAAUGCUCUGUGUGUGAGGAAACCUUCACUUAUAAGUCAAGCCUGAAAGUUCAUUGGAGAAUCCACACAGGGGAGAAACCAUAUAAAUGCCUGAAAUGUGGAAAGAGCUUCAGACAAUCUGGAGGCCUUACUUCACAUCACAGAAUCCACACUGGAGAGAAACCCUACAGUUGCCUGGUGUGUGGGAAAAGCUUCAGUCAAGCAUCAGGACUCACUUUACAUCAAAAAGUCCACACAGGAGAGAAACCAUAUACAUGCUUGGAGUGUGGAAAGAGCUUCACUCAAAACUCAGGCCUCACUCUACAUCAAAGAGUCCACACAGGGGAAAGACCAUUUAAAUGCUUGGAGUGUGGAAAGAGUUUCAGUGUGAGUACACAACUCACUUCACAUCAAAGUAUUCACACAGGGGAGAAACCACAUAAAUGCAUGGAAUGUGGAAAGAGUUUCAGGCGAGCUGACAUGCUAAGAUUGCAUCAAAGAAUUCACACUGGGGAGAAGCCCUAUCAAUGCUUGGAGUGUGGAAGGAGCUUCAGUAGCAGAACAGAAGUCAAUAAACAUCAGAGAACCCAUACUGGGGAGAAACCAUAUCAAUGCUUGGAGUGUGGAAAAAGCUUUAUUCGGAGCACACAGCUAACUAUGCAUCAAAGAACCCAUACAGGGGAAAAGCCAUAUCAGUGCUUAAAGUGUGGAAAAAGCUUUAGUCGUGCUUCAGGUCUAAUAUCACAUGAAAGAAUCCAUACAGGGGAGAAACCCUAUGAGUGCUUGGAGUGUGGAAUGAGCUUCACUCACUCCUCAGGCCUCACUUCACAUCAAAGAAUCCACACAGUGGAGAAACCACAUCAAUGCUUGGAGUGUGGAAAAAGGUUUCGUUGGCGUCCAAACCUUACUUUGCAUCAAAGAACUCACACAGGGGAGAAACCAUAUAAAUGCUUGGAAUGUGGAAAGUACUUCAGUCAAGGCAGUGGCCUCAUGUUUCAUCAAAGAAUCCACACUGGGGAAAAACCAUACAAAUGCCUGGAGUGUGGAAAGAGCUUCUGCCAACGCUCAUCCCUCACUUCCCAUCAAAGAAUACAUACAGGGGAGAAACCGUAUAAAUGCUUGGAGUGUGGAAAGCGUUUUGGUCACAGCUCAAACCUCUUUUCCCAUCAAAGAAUACAACACAGGGGAGAAACCAUAUGAAUGCUUUGAAUGUGGAAAAAGCUUUGGGUGCUGCUCACAACUCAAAUAGCAUCAAAGAAUCCACACAGAGGACAAAGUGUCAUCAGUAGCUGGAAUGUGAAAGGAGCACUAGUAAGAGUAAUUGAUGCAUCAAAUAAUUCAUACAGGCAGGAGAUCUUCUCAAUGCUUAGUGUGUAGCACAGUGGUUCCUAACCAGGGUUCCUCCAGAUGGAAAGUGCACAGAGAUUAUGAAUGGGACUGUUCAGCCAGUGAGUUUCCAAUACCAAGACAUUUAUUCUGCUGAAAGUAGGUGCAGAGUUCUAGUACACUGCAAUGUAUAGUAUUGUGUUCUGGCAAUUUGAGGUAAUCAUCUGUUAGCCAAAGUGAGUCUUUAUAACCACACAUACCUGCUUCUCAUUUCAUAAGGCGGUGGGUGGGGGGUGUUUGUAGCUGGGAUUGAUGGGAGUUGUAGUUGAGCAACAUCUGGAGGAACCCUGGGUGGGAACCCCUGGCUUAGAGACAUGUAGCAGAAACCAAAGAACGUCCAUAGAAGACAAACCAUAUACAUCGACUGAAUAUGGGAGGAGCUGCAAGGGGAGCACAAGCCUUGUGUCACUUUUUUUUAAAAGUCCAUAUGAGAAACCACAUACUUGCUCAGAAAGUGUAAAGAGCUUCAGAGUGCAAACCACAUAUCAGUGACAGAAACCUCAGAGAGGAAAAGGCAUCAAACUGGCUCGUCUGGCGGCUACUCGGGGGCGGGCCUUUUCCAUUGCGCUCCCUGCUGCAAUAAGAGCCUCUCUUUCUCUGACAACUCUUUAAAAGGCAGUUGAGACACAUUUGUUCACGCCGGCUUUUAAUUAGACUUUCAGUUGUUAAUAGUUUAACAUUGUAUUAAAUUUUAAAUUAUUUUGUGUUAACAUUUUGAAUUCUAUCUUAAUUUGUACUGUUUUGUUGUAAACUGCCCAGAGAUGUAAGUUUUGGGCGGUAUACAGAUAUGUUAAAUAAAUAAACCACCCCACCUUCCUGGAUGAGGGAAGCAAAUUGAAACCUAA